CUUUCGCCUGCACUGCUGCACUGGUGCAAUAAGUUAGAGUGAGACAAAUAUAUAUUUGUCUCAUUCUAACUUAUUGCACCAGUGCAGCAGUGCAGAGCAAAAGAACAGACCUUUUAACGUAUUGCACUAGUGCAGUAGUGCAGCGAAGAAGAAUAGGCCUCAGAUAUUUGAAUUUGUCGUGCCUGACUAUACAUGCUGCGUGUUUACCAGAAAAGUGUGUAAUAUUCUAAAUAUUUGUUUGAAUAGACAGAUUUUUAAACAUUUGAAGAUGACCGAUGUUGAAAUAUUACAAUUAGAUAUAUGGAAAGGUGACUGGGGUCUUCCAUCUAUUAACAUAGAAUGUUUGCAAGUUCUGGCAUAUGCUAAAUUCAAUGGAGUACCUUUAAAGGUAAAUCUCACAAGCAAUCCAUUUAAAACACCAAAUGGCCGGUUACCAUUACUUAGAGCUGGUAUAAAUACUUUGGAUACAGUUAAAGAUAUAUUGCCAUUUUUUAAAGCAAAACAUAAUUCAGACUGCAUAUUAACCGAUAACCAGUACGCUGAUGUCAUGGCUUAUGAUGCUCUACUUAAAGAAAAGUUGAAUCCAGCCUUGCAAUAUAUAUGGUGGAUAGAUAAAAAAAAUUUGGAUGAAUUAGUUAGACCAUGGUAUUGCAAAGCACUACCGUUCCCGUUAAAUUUCUAUUAUCCAAGUAAAUUUGAACGACAAGCACAGUCUUUAAUACAAAGUUUAUAUCCUAUGGAAGAUAAUAUAAAUAUUAUUGAGAAUGAGGUAUACGUGGAAGCACAAAAAUGUUUGACGUUGUUGUCAACAAGACUUGGCGAUAGAGAUUUUUUUUAUGGGCAACAACCUAGCACAGUAGAUGCUAUUAUAUAUUCAUACUUGGCACCAUUACUCAAGGCUCCAUUACCAAAUCCAAGUUUACAAAAUCAUUUAAAAGCCUGUACAAAUUUAGUUAAGUAUGUGUCACGUAUUUCGCAAAGAUACUUUGAAAAUGAAUAUCAAGACUAUGAAAAGCAUCAAGCUGAAGAAAAAGCUGCAAAAUUAAAAAGAGAUUCUGACAGUGAAUUUCCAAAUAAGAGAAGAAAUCAAUUCCUUGCAACAUUUAUUGCCACCUUGGCAAUGACAACAUAUGCAUUAUCAGCAGGAAUUGUAGAGGAUAAAACGUUUAACGUUUCAAAAUUUAUUGCAAGUGAUAAUGCAAUAACAGGAAAUGCAAAAAGUCAAAGGUAUUCUACGACAAGCGUCGUUGAGAUUAGUGAAAGAUAGAAUCUCAGCCACCAAGAAGAACUUGGCUGAGAUAUCCCAAAAACUAUUAAAAUUACAACUCUCUCUUGCAAAAUCGUUGGAGCCUGAGCUGUGGCUGUCACUAGAUCGGGUUACUCUCGAACAAGCUGUUCACUCAGCUGAAGCAAGAACACAAAAACAGAAGAGCAAGUAUGAUAAGAUCAAUCCACAGACUCAAAUGCCAGUUCUCACACAUACAAGGAAGAAUCUUAGCAAUCAAGAUCUAUCACCAUCCGAAGUCGCUGUUCUAGCUAAGGGACACAAUUUUGCUGUCACUCCCUCUAGUAUUCCUACGGAAGAAAUCAUCAGCCAAAUUGAAACGGCUAUUUUCCACCUUCCUUUAG